CCCCCCCUCUCUCUCUCUCUCUCUCUCUCUCUCUCUCUCUCUCUCUCUCUCUCUCUCUCUCUCUCUCACCCCCGACUUCCCUACUUCUCCUUCAACCCACCUAACUUCCGGCCACGCUCUCCCGUCUUGUACCUGCCUUCGUGUGACUCACAUCCCGUAUCCACAUUGCAAUCGGUCCCGUGUUCCAACCACGUACAGGCCCAUGUAGAUCCCAAAGGUGUGUGGAUUUAUCGAUUUAUCGGCUAGGUUGGAAUCGUGGUGGGCAUCCCAUUUGUGCUGUGGCUCCGCCCGGCGAGCGGUGCUGAAAGUGCCUGGCAGAGUUUCUUCAAGGGUCCGACAGACACCCGCGGCAGCACGGGGGCAAUUUUAACCCCCACGCCGGACAAAGAAAGAAGUGGAGUGGGGGAUAAAGGAUAUAUUGGAGUAAUGGAGAGAAAAAUGAUGAAGAACUACGUCCUGGCGCUUCUCUGGGCUACGUUUAUGUUCGGAGGCUGCUUGGCCCGGGUGGUAACGGUAUCUCCCGGCCCCUUGAUUCGUGUGGAGAGUCAACCAGUCUCCAUCAGAUGUGAUGUCAAUGACUACAUGGGGCCUCGCGAACAGGACUUUGAAUGGAUGAUGUCCAGGGAGGACAACGGACAGCGUAUGAAAAUCAUCUCUACCUUUGAUGCCAGCUAUUCCCACCCGUCGCUCAGCAAGCGCGUGGCCUCUGGUGACAUCGCAAUGAUGCGACUCCAAGACAACGUGGUGGAACUGAAGAUCGGGGAGGCCAAGUCACAAGACGCCGGCUUCUACUGGUGCCAAACGCCCAGCACUGACUCUGUCUUCAGUGGCAAUUAUGAGGCUCAGGUCCAGCUCAUUGUUAUCCCCAAAACACUCAAGGUGACCCCCCAGACGCCGCCCUCUGUUGUCCCCGAGGGUAGUGAUGUCACGCUCUCUUGUAACGUCACCCGGGAACUCACCCAGCCCACCUACUUGUCCGUCACCUGGUUGCUGAAGAAGGGAGGAACAUCCGAAGAGAUUUUGACUUUUGGGCCUCAGGGCGAUGUGGUCACAGGGGCCAAGUACGUGCGACGUUAUGCUGAUGGAGCCAUCCGUUUGGUGCCCGGGAGGAAUGGGUUGUUUGAGCUUGUCAUUUCCAGAGUGACAACGCUUGAUGAAGGGAUUUACGAGUGCAAUGGAACAGAGUGGACACAUGAAAAUGGGGGCAAAUGGAUUCAAAUUGUGGGGAGCACAAAGGAAAUGGGAACUGUUGCUGUUACUCCAACAGGUCAGUCCCUCAGUGUGAAGGCUUCUUCGUCUUCUUCUCCACCCUCGAUGAACCUGCACCUCACCCCUGGUGACAAACUGACACUGAUUUGCUCCGUCGCCGCCAACAACCUGCCCUCCCUGUCCCUGGAAGUCUCCUGGCUAGCCAACGGCCGAGAUGUCAUCACUAUGGAGCGCAACGGGGUGGUGAUCUCCAAUAUGUCGGCCAGCUCAGCGCAAGGAAAUCAUGGCGAGGCGAACAUAGAGAGGACCGGGGCUGACGAGUAUAGGCUAGUAAUGAGGCACGUCAGCACGGAGGAUGGAGGAACUUAUGCCUGCCGCGUGCGGGCCUUCAUUGAGAAGGGAGGAAAGAGCUCGGGAGGUGGAGGCCGGUGGCACAUGGCAGCUGAGAAAACAUCCAGCCCUGUGACGGUGAAGGUGUCGCAGAUCAAACCGAGCUUCACACUGGAUAUUGAGACCAUCGUUCACCCUCAGAUGACCAGUGAACCGACUGAGUUGGCUUGCCAUGUAACCAAUAUUACACACCUACCCUUGGGAGGCCGGCUGGGCGUUACAUGGGAGCACACUGCACUUCCUGGUGCUGCCAGCGAGCCUCAGGCUACCCAUUCUGUUGGCUCUAUAGACGGCUAUGGCAAUCUGUUGCCCGGUGCAAUGUAUUCGGACAGACUGGAGAGCGGCAUGGUGUCGCUGACAAAAGUCCAGCCUGACACUUUCAAAUUGCGAUUCCUGCGCACACAGGAGAUCGACAUGGGCCAGUACGUUUGUGCUGUCUCGGCGUGGAGCAUCAACACGCAGAACGACGUGGUGAAGACUGCUGAGCACCAGAGCUUGCCAAUGACUUUGCGAUGGGACCCCAAACGUCCAUCGCUCAACGUUGUAGCCAAACGCAUUCGCGAGGCUUCUGUGGGCGGUGCUACCUUCGACAUGAGCUGCACAGUGGCAACUCAGAACCUCGGUGAGGCAGGAUAUUCAGUGCUCAUCCAGUCACAAGACAGCCUGGAAAGUAAUGUGAGGACCAUCAUGACCCUCAGUCCUGACAGCGUCAUGCAGCACGGGGGAGCCACAGACCCCAACCGGAGAGACAGUCUGGUUUUGACGAAGUCUGGCCCAACUGAGUUUCGGUUUCGCCUCGGGGGCGUCCAGUUGUCAGAUCGAGGUUUCUACUGGUGUGACAUCACUGCUUGGACAAAGCAGCAGCCUGGUCAGGCAUGGACCAGAGCCACAAGUGCAGAGUCCAACAAAGUCAAAAUUGACUUUCAGGAAAAUGGACCCUCCUUCUCCAUUGCAAUCCAUUCAGACACCAGUACUGUUUAUCCGUGGCAAACAGCCAAGAUGAAGUGUUCCCUCCGCAUCUCUGGAUCUUCACCAAAGACCGACCACCUGGCCUAUGAGGUGCGUUGGUUUUUCACGCGACUUCGCGGUGGACAGACAACAACGCAAGUCGCCAGCGUUGACCGCUUUGGUGUCGUGAGGAAAGAGUAUCGCAAUUCUUCCAGUGACGUUUCCAUAGAACGCGAGGACACGCAUUCGUACACCUUGAACGUCCAUGGUGCCCAUGACAGUGACAGCGGGGAGUACCACUGUGUCGCUACCCCCUGGUACUUGUCUGCCUCCACAGGAGCCUGGACCCAAGCCGGGGAGUUGACGUCUUCCAAAAUCUUCCUGACAGUCCGAUUCGCCGUGUGGGAGUCCCUAAAGUUGCCCCUCUUGUAUGGGGUUUCAGCAUCAAUAGGUGUGGGCUUGUUCUCGCUGGUCCUGGGUCUGGUUUGCGCCCAGUGCUGCUGCCGCAACGCCGCGCACACUCCUCGCUCGCGCAACAAAUUGAUGGACCUGGAGAUGGACUGACAAAUACUUUCCCCUGCGCCCUCUCACUGCAGCGCUCCCAGGAAACAGCAAACGCACAACAAACACACUCCCGUCAACGACCUGUGGGACACCCAGUUGUUUCCGAGCAGAGGACGUUGGGAGUAAAACGGGUGGCACGUUUUUCUUUCGGUAGCGCAACUGAAGCCAACUGAGUGCUUCACACAGUACUCUGAACCAUUUCAGCUCUGCAGUGGAGGAGCAGGGAUUUUCCAUGAGUUGUUUUUUUUUUUGCUUUUUGCCUUUAUUGGCACAGGAGAUUUCACUGCCAUGUGGGAAUAAAGGACCACUUAUCUACCAAACACUAACAAAUGAAGAGCUCAGGCUGCUUCCAUACAAACUACCGCCACAUUACGAAUGCCAACAGAAUGUGUUGCCGGUUACAAGUGGCACCUUAUUGUCAAGUUCCACGGCCGACCAAUGUGACUGUUCAGUCAGCCUGAGCCUUGUUUUUGUGGCGACUCUGGAGAGACCGCAGAAGGUCAGAGGGCCCACUCGUCCCCAGACGCAAGAGCCAAUGAACUAGCAACCCAGAGUGUUCCUACCUUAACAAAUGGACGGAUGCUACCUUUUAUUCUCGGCUCUAGUUUUUUGAACAUUAAGAGAUUUUAAAGAUUUUUAUGCAUCCCAAGGAGACAUGCAGUGUGUGGUUGUGUAGGUGUGUGCGUGUGUGAUGUCACUUCUCGAGAAAUGUUUUGUGCCUGUUGGGUGCACAAUGCCAGUGUGCAUGUUGUGUUUUAUAGCACUGAGUGAGCAGCGGGAGCUGUUUUCAGGAUUACUGUACAUCAAACACGCAUAAAAGUUGCUGUCCCACCACGACAGUAGUCAUGUGUUAACACUCCCAACCCAAAAUAAAAUAUUGCUUUUAAUUUGCCACUGAA